AUGCAACCGGAACAAAAGAAAGCUAGGAUAGAAAAAAUUAAAGCUAAUCGUGAAUUGAAGCGCAACAUGCCAAGUAAAGAUUCAAUUGCGAUGGAGAACCCUGCAUAUAUUGCAACCGAGCAGGAAGUUAGUACAUCUCCCUGUACUGUAAAACAUGGAAAGCAUGUGACAGCGGGUGAAAGACAAACGCUGCUACACCGUCAUAACGAAGAAUUCGCAGCAAGACAGAUGAAAUCAUCACAAGAAGAUAGAUCCAUGUCGGAAAAUGACAACGAUGACAACGAACCUCCCGAACAACCAGAAGUCACGAUUAAUGGUAAAAAUCUAAAAUUUAUACAAUACUCUCGCAUUCCAAAAAUAUAUGAAACCGCAUAUGUAACUAACCAUCUUUUGUGGACAGACAUCCCCCUCUCUAUAAUGUUUCCAUCCAUUAAAGAAGCGGAUGCCCAAACACAAACAGCCUACAACGACGAUCACAGUAAGGUGGCUUUUUGGCCAGGCAUCCCCACUUCAAUGUGUCCAACAAUCAAAGAAGUAAAUGCACGAAUACAAUCAUUCUACAAUAAUGGUCACGGUAAGGUUAUCAAUUUCAUAUUUACUUUUAUGCAAUACAAAAAUUAUAUAUUAAAAAAUUACUAA